AUGGAAUCUCUUUAAGUUUAGCGCCAAAACGUCCUUCAACAUGUCUGGUAAAAUUGUCAAGAAAGGCGAGAAGAAAGCACCAACUAAGAAAACUAGUUUGACUGACAAAAAGAAAAAGACAAGAAAGAGGAAAGAAAGCUACUCGAUUUACAUUUAUAAAGUUCUGAAGCAAGUGCAUCCAGACACCGGCAUUUCUAGCAAAGCCAUGAACAUUAUGAACUCGUUCGUUUGUGACAUUUUCGAGCGCAUAGCUGCUGAGGCAGCAAGACUUUCUCACUACAACAAGAAAUCUACCAUAACCUCGCGUGAAAUACAGACUGCAGUACGUCUUCUUCUUCCAGGUGAACUCGCAAAGCAUGCAGUUAGCGAAGGAACCAAGGCGGUCACCAAGUACACCAGCAGCAAGUAAAUUCAUCGUAAAUGCAAUUGAAUUCAACCCAAUUUGAUUCCACUGAACUGGUCUUGACAUUUAUACUAGAUAACAGCUCUUGGAGUAUGGAUUGUUACUAUUACAGUAAAAUUGUCAAUUCUCACAAUCCUUUAUUAUUUCAUUUUUGCAUUAUUUUAUUCAAUUAGCUUUACUUUGAUAAAAUAAAUAAUCUUG